CCGUGGUCUUGCUUGCCGACUUUCUUCAUUGUCAUCACUCCUGUUUCGAAGCACAAACCCGACCUUGUGUGCAGACGACAUCGACAUAAUGGCCGCCGGCAAGGACAACAAGAAAGCCGCCCCCAAGGGCUCCAAGCAGGCCAAUGCUGCUGCCAAGGCCGCGCUCAAGGGUUCGCACUCCCACAAGCAGCGCAAGGUCCGGUUGAGCACUUCGUUCCACCGCCCCAAGACCCUGGUGGUUUCCCGCGCUCCCAAGUACCCGCGCAAGUCGAUCCCUCACCUGCCGCGCCUCGAUGAGCACAAGAUCGUCAUCCACCCUCUCAACACUGAGAGCGCCAUGAAGAAGAUGGAGGAGAACAACACCCUGGUCUUCAUCGUCGACGUCAAGGCCAACAAGGCCCAGAUCAAGCAGGCCCUGAAGAAGCUCUACGACAUUGAUACCGUCAAGAUCAACACCCUCAUCCGACCCGACGGCUCCAAGAAGGCCUAUGCUCGGCUGACGCCCGACGUCGAUGCCCUCGACAUCGCCGCCAACAAGCUGUCUCUGGUGUAGAGUGGUUGAGUGAUGAGGGGGCUAAUUUCCUUUUCAUUGCGGAUUGGUCUGGUCUUGAAUGCAAAGCACGGGCAUCGGGAAAUUAAAAGGCGCACUUGAAGCAUGUCAUUUACAAUGCAAAUGGAUGAUGAAGUCAAGACAGCCGAUCCUCAACCACCCCAGAGCGCAAACAAUAGUCGCAUUGUGAAUGCUUGUAGUUGCUGCGAAUGUCUGGGUGUCUAGCAACCCCGCUCUCUGAAUCUCUGCUUGUUUUCCUGCCAAACCCUUCACUUCUGAUCGUGAUGUAGGAUUCUACUCUUGC